UUCACAUCUUUGAAUUAAAGAACUCUCUAGACACACUCCUCUUUCACUCCCACCUAUAUAUACAUAACCAUAGUCUAAUUCCUGUGAUCGUGUCAAAAACCAUAAGCAUUUUCCUGUGAUCGUGUGAUUUCUGAGUUCUAAGCACUUGCCUCUUUCGUUCGCUUGAGCCAUGGACGAGGAUUUCGAGUUUCCAAGUGCUGGCAACAUGGAAGUGCCUGAGGCUGAGGAGGAGAUGGAUAUGGAGGUGGAGAGUCCGAUCAUGAAGGUUGGGGAGGAGAAGGAAAUUGGGAAAAAGGGGUUGAAGAAGAAGCUGCUUAAGGAAGGUGAAGGAUGGGAUACCCCUAACAGUGGAGACCAAGUUGAGGUGCAUUAUAUAGGAACCUUGCUUGAUGGAACCCAAUUUGAUUCUAGCCGUGACAGGGGAACCCCUUUCAAGUUCAAGCUUGGCCAAGGGCAGGUGAUCAAGGGAUGGGAUGAAGGUAUCCAAACCAUGAAGAAAGGAGAAAAUGCCCUUUUCACAAUACCCCCAGAAUUGGCUUAUGGAGAAUCUGGGUCUCCUCCCACUAUUCCCCCGAAUGCAACUCUGCAGUUUGAUGUGGAGUUGCUGUCUUGGACAAGUGUGAAGGACAUAUGCAAGGAUGGAGGAAUUUUGAAGAACAUAAUCACGGAAGGGGAGAAAUGGGAUAAUCCUAAGGACCUGGAUGAAGUGUUCGUUAAGUAUGAAGCUCGGCUUGAAGAUGGGACAGUCAUUUCGAAAUCUGAUGGGGUGGAGUUCACUGUGGAAGAGGGGUAUUUCUGUCCUGCUUUGGCCAAGGCUGUGAAGACAAUGAAGAUGGGAGAGAAAGUUCUCUUGAAUGUGAAGCCACAAUAUGCAUUUGGGGAGAGUGGAAGGCCAGCAUCAGGAGAUGAAGGUGGAGUGCCUCCAAAUGCUUCGCUUCAAGUGGAUCUUGAGUUGGUCUCUUGGAAGGCCGUGUCUGACAUUACUAAGAAUCGGAAGGUUCUAAAGAAGACUUUGAAGGAAGGAGAGGGAUAUGAACGACCAAAUGAUGGAGCUGUAGUUCAAGUGAAACUGAUUGGCAAGCUGCAAGAUGGAACUGUUUUCAUUAAGAAGGGCCACGAUAAUGAACAGCCAUUUGAGUUCAAAAUUGAUGAAGAGCAAGUAAUUGAGGGACUUGAUAAAGCUGUAAAGAACAUGAAGAAAGGGGAAACUGCACUGGUGAUCAUACAGCCUGAAUAUGCUUUUGGUUCAUCUGCGUCGCCUCAGGAAUUGGCCAAUGUUCCUCCCAAUUCUACUGUAUACUAUGAAGUUGAGCUGCUUUCAUUUGUAAAGGAGAAGGAAUCUUGGGAUCUGAAUACACAAGAGAAGAUUGAGGCAGCUGGUAAGAAAAAGGAAGAAGGGAAUGCUUUAUUCAAGGUUGGCAAAUAUGAAAGAGCGUCAAAAAGAUAUGAAAAGGCCAUAAAAUAUAUCGAGUAUGAUUCCUCCUUCAAUGAUGAGGAGAAACAACAGACUAAGGCAUUGAAAAUUACAUGCAAUCUAAAUAAUGCAGCCUGUAAGUUGAAGCUAAAGGACUACAAACAGGCAGAGAAGAUGUGCACUAAGGUGUUGGAGCUUGAUAGUAGGAAUGUAAAAGCACUGUAUCGGAGGGCGCAAGCAUAUAUUCAUCUUGUGGACUUGGACCUAGCUGAGAUGGAUAUUAAGAAAGCCCUUGAGAUUGAGCCAGACAACAGGGAUAUAAAGAUUGAGUACAAAAUCUUGAAGGAGAAAGUGAAGGAAUACAACAAGAAGGACGCACAGUUUUACGGCAGCAUAUUUGCUAAAAUGAAUAAACUAGAACAAGCAAGAACAGUAAAGCAGGAGCCUGUGCCAAUGUCUAUCGACAGUAAAGCUUAAAUUUGGGAGCUACCUCUGUCUGGCUGUCUCUGCAUAGUGCAUACUAGUACCAUAUUCCAAUUGUUGUGUCGUCUCAAGUCUUGGUCCCAUAAAUAGCUUUGCUCAUAUCUCGUGUGAUUUUCAUAUGAAGAAUGCAUGUGGUCUCAGUUGUCAGUUAUCGGUAGUCAUUUAAGCUAUGUACACUGAUGGCUAAUAAGAAAUGAAGUAAAGCAAGUUUUCGUAA